AAGGGCAGCAAAUACAACUUCCCAGCCCAGCCUGCAGAAGAAAGACUUUGAUGGAUGUUACAUUAGUGCCUAAUAUGAUGCCAAGAAAUAGUUUGGAAGUAUCUACUUGUAAGAUGACAGAGCCAUUUAAUUUUGAGAAAAAUGAAAGCAAGCUUCCAUCACACGAUUCUUUAAGAAGUCCUGGAGCACACCAUAACCAUCCGAGUUUCAGGUUGAAAAGCCCAGAGAAUGGGAGUAAAAAAGACAAUUUUUUGCUUUGUGAGCAAACCAAACAAUAUUUAUCUAGUCAGGAAGACAAUUCAGUAUCUUCAAAUCCUAUUGGUAUCAAUGGAGAAGUGGUUGGAUCCAAAGGAGACAGGAAGAUAAUGCCAACAGGUAAUGCAGUGUUACCACUAAGUCUUGGAAAUAAUUCACCAUCCAAAGAAGUAAAAACUCCCAGUGAUGAUGAUGUACCUCUUACAAAGUCCAAAAAAUUAUACAAGUUGGCCGAAAAUUCCUUGUCCAUAAAUAAUCCAGCACUCUUCAACUCUUUAGGACCUCCUUUGCGGUCAACAACCUGCCAUUGCUGCGGCCUGUUUGGGUCGCUGAGAUGUUCUCAGUGCAAGCAGACCUACUAUUGCUCCACCACAUGUCAGAGGAGAGACUGGUCUGCCCACAGCAUCGUGUGCAAGCCUGUCCAGCAAAAUUUGCACAAACUUGAAGAGAACAAAUCACCUUUUGACACAAAGAACAUUGAAGUGAAAAAUGAGAGUGACUGUCCCCUUGGAGUAGCUAAAGAAAUAUCUGUUGGUACUGAGAAAACAAUGUUUUCUGAUUUGAAAAGUCUACAACUCAAGAAAACCAUGGAAGUGAAGGGUACAGUUACAGAAUUCAAGCACCCAGGUGACUUUUACAUCCAGUUAUAUUCUUCAGAAGUUUUAGAAUACAUGAACCAGCUCUCAGCAAGCUUGAAAGAAACAUAUGCAAAUAUGGUGCAUGAGGAAGAUUACAUGCCCGUUAAAGGAGAAGUUUGUGUUGCCAAGUACACUGUCGAUCAGACCUGGAACAGAGCAGUAAUCCAAGAGGUAGAUGUGCUACAGAAGAAAGCACAAGUCUUGUAUAUUGAUUAUGGAAAUGAUGAAAUAAUUCCAAUAGACAGAAUUCAUCCACUGUGUAGAAACACGAACUUGUUUCCACCCUGUGCCAUAAAGUGCUUUGUGGCUGGCAUUGUGCCCGCAGAGGAGGAUUGGAGCAAUGAUUGUAUCAAAACUGUUAAAUCACUGUUAAUGGACCAGUACUGUUCUAUAAAGAUUAUUGAUGUCUUAAAUGAGGAUGUGCUUACCUAUGCAGUAGACAUUAUGCUGCAAAGUUCAGGAAAACUCCUAGACCAUGUGCUUGUAGAAAUGGGAUAUGGUUUGAAACCCAAAGAACAGAAUUCUAAGAAGCAAAGUGCAGAUCAGGGUGAUCCUGACGACAUUGGGAAAAUGACGGCUGAAAACAAAAUUGUGAUAGAGAGAAGUGCGCUCAUCCCCAAGGCCCUCACCCUGAAUGUGGGAAACGAGUUCUGCGGGGUAGUCGCUCACAUUCAGACACCAGAGGACUUCUUUUGUCAACAACUACAAAGCGGUCACAUGCUUGCUGAACUCCAGGCAUCUCUUAGUGAGUACUGUAAUCAAGUGUCUCAACGUUCCGGCUUUUAUCCAACCAUUGGUGACAUAUGUUGUGCCCAGUUCUCAGAGGAUGACCAGUGGUAUCGGGCGUCUGUCCUGGCCUAUGCUUCUGACGAGUCUGUCCUGGUUGGAUAUGUUGAUUAUGGAAACUUUGAAAUCCUUAGCUUGACAAGACUUUGUCGUAUUACUCCAAAGUUGUUGGAACUGCCGAUGCAAGCUCUCAAGUGUGUUCUGGCUGGAGUAAAGCCAUCAUUGGGAGUUUGGACUCCAGAAGCUAUUUGCCUCAUGAAAAAAGUGGUUCAGAACAAAAUGGUUAUGGUGAAAGUGGUGGACAGGCUGGAAAAUAGCUCCCUGGUGGAGCUAAUAGAUACAUCUGUGACUCCAAACAUGAGCGUGGCCAAAGUUCUCAUUGAUGCAGGCUUUGCUGUGGAGGAUAAGGAGUUAGUGGCAGAGAAAACCAGUGACACAGUAAGGACCAGUGCUCCCUUACGAUUAGAAGAAAAAGUAGAUGUAUUGGAGUGGACGUGGGUUGAGCUUGCCAUUGAUGAAACGGUAGAUGUUGUCAUCUGCAUGCUGUAUAAUCCUGGAGAGUUUUAUUGUCACAUUCUUAAAGAGGAUGUUUUAAAGACCCUCAGUGACUUGAAUAAAUCAUUAGCCGAAUAUUGCCAGCAGAAGUCACCUAAUGGUUUUAAGGCAGAAAUAGGACAACCUUGCUGUGCCUUUUUUGCAGGUGAUGGCAACUGGUAUCGUGCUUUAAUCAAGGAAAUCUUACCAAACGGUAAUGUGAAAGUGCACUUCGUGGAUUAUGGGAACAUCGAAGAAGUUACCACAGAUGAACUCCGGAUGAUACCAUCCAAGUUCUUAAGACUUCCAUUUCAAGGAAUACAGUGCUGGUUAGUAGAUAUACAGCCUAAGAACAAACACUGGACUAAGGAAGCCAUAGCAAGGUUUCAGAUGUGUGUUAGAGGCACAAAGCUCCAGGCCAGAGUGGUGGAAAUGACCGAAAAGGGAGUGGGCGUUGAGCUUACUGAUCUUUCCACUUCCUACCCCAAAAUAAUUAGUGAUAUUCUGACUAGUGAACACCUGGUUUUAAGAUGUGGCUCACCACACACCUACUUGCGAAACAGGAGACCGGCUAGUAAAUAUAAUCACCAAACUGACACCCAGGAGCUUCAAGGUAACACCCCGGUCUCUUCAGCAGAUCAGUGGAAGACGAUAGAAUUGCCAGUUCACAAGACUGUGCAGGCAAACAUACUAGAAAUCGUAAACCCAAAUUUGUUCUACGCUGUGUCGUCUGAGAUGCCAGACAAUCAAGAAAAACUGAGUACAUUGACAGCUGAGUUGUUAGAGUACUGCAAUUCUCAGAAAAGCCGGCCAUCUUAUAGACCAAGAAUUGGAGACGCAUGCUGUGCCAAAUACACAAGUGAUGAUUUCUGGUACCGGGCAAUUGUGUUGGCAACAUCAGACUCCGAUGUGAAAGUGCUCUAUGCAGACUAUGGGAACAUCGAAACCCUGCCUCUUUCCAGGGUGCAGCCAAUUCUCGCAAGCCACCUGGAGCUACCUUUUCAAAUUAUUAAGUGUUCACUUGAAGGACUGACAGAACUGAAUGGAAGCUGUUCUCAAUUAAUGAUAGAGCUACUAAAAAAUUUCAUGUUGAAUCAGCAUGUGAUGCUUUCUGUGAAAAGGAUCGCGAAGAAUGUUCACACGGUGUCUGUGGAGAAGUGUUCCGAGAACGGCACUAUCAACGUAGCCGAGAAGCUGGUGAUGCAUGAUCUGACACAAAACAUGGCACUGAAGCCAAGUGCUCUCAAUAAAGACAAGACACAUGGGAGGAAUUGUUGCUGCACAGAGUUACAGAAGCAGGUUGAAAAACAUGAGCAGAUUCUUCUCUUCCUCUUAAACAAUCCAACCAACCCAAGUAAAUUUAUUGAAAUGAAAAAUCUGCUAAAAAGGUAAAUAACAGUGUCCUUUCGAAGCAAAUGCUUAGGAGGAAAGAAACAGCAGUGACUUAAGAGAGAAGCACGGCACAUUGUGUUUUUGUUCAUUGGAAUCUUUUUUCUUCCUCCGGUUUUUCGUUAAUGAUCUUUUGUGCCUCCACUUAUUCCCUUACUUUGUUCUGUUAGGUUGGUUUGUUUUCUUUUUUCUUUUUCCCUCCAAGUUCUUCCCACCAAAUCUUGUACAAAAGAUUCAUCCUGGCACUCCGGAGGCCAAAGCAGAAGGAUUAUGAAUUCCAGGCCAGUCUGAGCCCUACAUAGUGAGACCCUGCCUAAAAAUAAAAAACAAGAACAAAAUUUAAAACAACAACCUAGAAGAUACACACACACACACACACACACACACACACACACACACACACACACAGAGAGACAGUUCAUGGAAUUCUACGAAGGUGUAGAGAGGGGCUCCCUGCUAUACGUAUGACUCUCUUAUCCUUUGGACCAUGCUAGGGGUUGAACUCAGGGCCUCAUGCAUGCUAGGCAAGCAAUCUUACCUCAAAACUAUAGCCCCAGGCCUGUAACCUUGGAUUACUUAAAAAUACUGAAGGAAUAUAGCUCCAUGCUAAUGUCCAAUAAGUCUAAUUUGUGAAUUCAUUAGUUUCAUUAUUUCCUCUAUGUUUGAAGUAUUUCCUAGUGUUCCCGUGUCAUCAUUCGCCUCUUCCUGCCCACUCCAAGGUCACCAGCGUCUUCUCUCCAUCCUUGAUGCUUUUGGCCACAAAGUCUGGCCUGGAUUCUGGACUGAUCCAUUGGAGGGGGAGGGGGGCUUUCUGCUCCUGCCAUCCACAUGUCCUUCCAAAGCUCUAGCCAGUCAGACUUUGGUUGUAAAAAAAAAAAAAAAAAAUUUACUGUUUCGUGACCCACACCUGUAGUUACCAAUUUAAGUUUAAAAGCUGAGUUUGAGUAAAUAUUUUCUUGAUGCAAAAAUUUUUAGUUAUUUUUCUAAGAAUUAUGGGCCGGCUGACUUCCCUGCCAGCCCCAAAGUUUCUAUUUGAGAAUGUUCAUGUAAUUUAAUUUCCAGACUGUGAUAACCUAAGAUGUCUCCCACUCAGAGUACAUAGU